AUGUCCUCGACACAAAAGCUUCAGCAGCACCCUGCUUUCGUCCAGGCGCAGAACAAGGCGAAUUAUUACUUUCAACAGCUUGACAAAGAACUCACGAAGUAUCCAGUAUUGAACACAUUUGAGCAGCGAACUCAGGUUCCAAAGACCUAUUUAGUCAUAUCUACUGUUUCGCUCCUCACUCUUUUCCACUUUGUCAACCCUCUCGCCGCACCCGUUUCUAACCUCGUUGGAUGGGCCCUUCCGUGCUACCUCUCCUUCAAGGCGCUGGAAAGUCCCGGCCAUCAAGAUGACGUUCAGUGGCUCACGUAUUGGGUUGUUUUCGGGUUCUUCAACUUCCUCGAGAGCAUUGCACUCAGAAUGGUUCUCUACUACUUCCCGUGGUACUUUGCAUUCAAGACGGUGUUCAUCCUCUGGCUGCAGCUCCCGAACUUCCGCGGCGCACAAACGACUUACACUGUGUUGUUGAAGCCUGUCAUGUCAAACUUGUCUGGUUCGCGCGCUGUAGCGCCGACCGACACGGUGACAGCUGAGGGUCUCCGCGACCGUGUUGCCAGCGCUAAUUCAGAGUGA